CAUCAUGGGGCACUCCUACUAUUAUGUUUGCAAGUUGCAGGCUGGCAGAGACUUAGAAAGGAGGGAGAAGGGGGAAUUCAGGGGAGAGAGACAGACAGACACACAUACAGGAGCCUAGGAGAGUGUCAGCCUUGCUGCCAAGCCUUUGCACACCUCCUCCCCCCCCCCCAAACCAACACCACCACCAAUCCUGCGUCCCUCCUCUCGGGUGUUGCGUUCUGCAAGGCGACAAGAGAUAGGAGGGGGGGCACCGCCGCCGCCACCGCCACAUGUGCCAGAGGGCGUCGUUACUGGAGGAGCGAGCACCCGGCCGCCGUAGCGGCGGAGGACUGGCAAGCGGCACCGGGGUGCGCCCGCGGGGGGCUUCUGGAGGAGGGAGGCGCCCGCCUUGCAACUGGACCCCUUAGCUGGCAACAGGUACUGGGUGGACCUCUUAAACGAAACAUAGAGGGGGGGCGGCAUCACCUGCAUGCCCCCUUGACAGCCAUCAGUUGGACCACCCCCCCCCCUCCGCUUCUGUCCAACCUGAGCCCGUCCGCCCUUGCCCAUGCUCGGAAUCCUGGACGUCGACUGGGCCCGCACCUUCAGGUCUGGACGGCGAUGGCAAGCUGAGGGAAGACGAGGACGAUCGGAUCGACAGAGGGGCCGCCUUUCCUCCGAAGACUGCUAGAUGUUCGUUCCUUCACCACAGAAAGUUCUGUUAGCGCCUAAGGGGGGCAUCUGCUCCCAGUUAACGGAGCCCUCGUCUGUCCCCCCUCUCCCCGCCAUCCGGUCUAGGGGGCCCGAAUGACUUGUUUAACGCGCUCCGCGGUGUUCAGACAGGCUGGAGGUCUGCGGAGGGUCUCUCCCGAUGCUGCUUGCAAGGACAAGUGACAAUAACCCCUCUGGCGUCUUAUGCUCGACUGCUGGGUUUGUGCUAUGCGUUGGGCGUCUUGGACAGUCUACCUUAGCCUGCUGUUCUGCUGCGUUCAAGGUACCAUCCGAUCAGACGCUCAGACUGUGGUUGGCCGCGUAGGAGAGAGCGCGGUCCUGGGGUGCAGCCUCCUCCACCAGGACGCGGGGCGCCCUCCUCUCUACGUCAUCGAGUGGGUGCGAUUUGGCUACAUGCUCCCCAUCUUUAUCAAAUUUGGCCUCUACUCCCCACGCGUGGACCCUCAAUAUCUCGGCCGGACACGUAUCGAGGAAGGCGCCUCCCUCCACAUAGACCGUCUGCGAUCCGAUGACCAGGGGUGGUACGAGUGUCGGGUUCUCUUCCUGGACCGGCACCACGGAGACGAAGACUUCAAGAACGGGACGUGGGUCCACCUCACCGUCAACUCCCCGCCUGCUUUCCGUGAGACGCCACCAAUGACCGUGGAAGUGCGCGUCGGAGACACGUUGACGCUCACCUGCCUGGCUUAUGGGAACCCACAACCGCUGGUCUCCUGGAAGAGGGAGAACGUGGUUCUAGAGAGCGCAGACAAGGUCCAGGUUAAUAAUGGAUCAUUGCGGAUCGGAGGAGUGCAGAGGUCCGUUGCGGGCGUGUACGCAUGUCACGCAACUAGCGAGGAAGGCGAGGUGAUGCACACCACCCGUGUCCUGGUGCAAGGUCCGCCCGUCAUUGUUGUCCCUCCAGAAAACAUCACCGUGAAUAUUUCCCAAGAUGCCUUUCUGACCUGCCAGGCAGAAGCCUACCCCGCCAACCUCACCUACAGCUGGUUCCAUGGGAACAGCAACGUUUACCUGCUCAGCCGCCUGCAGUCCAGAGUGCGCAUCCUAGUGGACGGGAGCUUUCUGCUGCAGCAGGUCACCCCGGAGGAUUCUGGGAAGUACACCUGCAUUCCCAGCAACGGCCUGUGGAAGUCGCCCUCGGCCUCAGCCUACCUCACUGUACUGCAUCCGGCCUACGUGACCGACAUGCCCGCUGAAACCUACCUGCCCAUCGGCAUGCGUGGCAUGAUCCGGUGCCCGGCCAGAGCCAAUCCGCCACUACUGUUUGUCAAUUGGUCCAAGGACGGCCUCCCGCUGAAGCUUGACAAGUUCCCAGGAUGGUACCUGGAUGAGGACGGCUCGAUUGUUGUGGCAACGGGGAAUGAUGAUGCCCUUGGCAUGUACACCUGCACUCCCUACAACAACUAUGGAAGCAUGGGGGUGUCUCUGCCCACCGCUGUCAUCCUGAAGGAUCCACCCUCCUUCACCGACCUUCCAAAAGAUGAGUAUUUCCAGGAUGUGGGGAGGGAGCUGAUCAUCCCUUGUGCCGCCGCCGGGGACCCACUUCCCGUCAUCAGCUGGGUCAAGCUCGGGAUGCCCGGUAAAAGUGGUGCUCAGAUGGAUGUAAACGGCAGUUUGAUAUUCCGACCUCUCACCAAGGAGGAACACGGCCUGUGGGAAUGCGCCGCUGCCAAUAACGUGGCCAGAAUCAGCACGCGCACUUCUGUCUUUGUAUUGGGCACCAGUCCCCACGCAGUCAGCAAUGUGUCCGCCCAGUCGUUGGUGAACGCAAUAAACAUCACCUGGAGCCCUGGCUUCGAUGGAGGAUACUUCCAGAGGUUCAGCGUUUGGUAUGCCCCGCUGGUGAAGAAGCUUGCUCACGGCCACCACGAGUGGAUUUCCCUGUCUGCCUCAGUUGGUGCCAAUUACCUUGUGGUGGAGAACCUGCAGUCAGAAAACACUUACCAGUUCAGCGUUCUGUCUCAGAACAAGUUGGGCAGCGGGCCAUUCAGUGAAAUUGUGGAGGCCUCUCCUCUCAGUAUCCCGCCCACCACCUUACCUCCACCUGUACCCACCACAGACUCUCGGGAUACUCUGACUCCUCCCCGUUACCUUUCGGCUAAUGAGACCUCCCGUGGAGUGCUGCUGAUCUGGGCCCCGCCCCUGCGGUCCUUCCUCCCUCUGCGUGGGUAUGGUCUGGAGUGCAGGCGCGAUGAGGGAGCCUGGGAGCUUCUAGACGAGUCCAUCCCAACCACCCAGACGGAGCUUCUGGUUCCCGGGCUCUUUAAGGAUUCCUUGUAUGAAUUUCGAAUGGUGGCCUUUGCCGGCGAUUACAUCAGCGAGCCCAGUAAUUCGGUGAACAUCUCUACGUCAGGAAUGAGGGUCUAUCCCUCGCACACCGAGCUCCCGGAAGUUCAGCAGAAAUCCCUUAUGGCCGGAGUCGUUGGAGGAGCCUGCUUCCUUACCUUGGCGGUCAUCUUAAGCACCAUAGUUGCCUGCGCGAUGAACCGACGGCGGGUCAGACGUCGCCAGAAACGGAGGCAACAAGAUGCACCAAUGGUCUUCUCCCAACCCAAGAACGCUACUCCUUCACAAAAUUCUAAUGGUUCUAGCAGCCCCGACAGUCUCUUGAGGCUCAAGCUUCACGUAUCUCCAUAUGAAAGCUUCCGGAAGUCUCUGCACUUGGGAGAGAGGACAGUGAACAACCUAGGCGUCAGCCACGGAAGUAGCACAAGCGGCAAGUACACCAUUUACGAGAGCCAUAUUGGAGAUUGUAUGCCAUUGGAGCGUAUAAGUCGUGGACCUGAUGGACGUUUCGUGGUAGAGACGGAGACGCGGCCAAAGAGGAGCAACAUCAGAGGCUUUCCGUACGUGACUGAGACGGACCUCUAUCCGGAAUUCAAUGCCAGGGACUCAUCGGAUCUCAGCCAGUGUUCACAGGCCAAAACAUACUUGCAGGUUUGUCCGUUACCAGAGAGAGCUUCAGAGUCUUGGCGAGAUGAAGUAAAGUUGAGACCAAAAGCCACUGGCCAGGCCCGUAAGGAAGCAAGAGAUUCUGGGUAUCGCCAAGGAAGGUAUUUUGGAUGUAGCAGUAGUCCGUUGGAAGAAGCCAAACCCUUCCGGAUAUCGGAUAUUAGUCCCGUCACAUCUUCCGUCCCUCUGCCAUACAGCCAGGUGGAGGAGCCACGCUGUAGUGAUUCGGCUCAAAUAGAUGGAGAUUUACAAAGAACUAUUUCAACUCUUCGGGAAUCCGAACAUGACUGUUUUUCUUCCUUGAGCACAGUAGUUAGAGCACCUUCGUUACUCUUACAGAAACCUCUUGGACUUAGUGACCAAGGAAGCCAACUUAGGCAUAGCCUGUCCACUCAAAGUGGCAUCCUCCAGUAUCUUAGUCUACCGUUCUUUAAAGAGAUGAGCGUAGAUGGAGACUGGCCAGUAGAGGACGAGUCCCAAACAAGGACAUCAGAGCUCAGCUCUUCGGAGGCUGAGGAAAAUGAGAGUCCAAACAACAACCAUCUGGAUGAUCGGACAUUGAUGAGCGUUGAUGGAACUAGUGGGAGUCGUAAAGAAGAGUCCCCAUGCGCUCCUAAAAAACUGUUGGCUCUUGAUUAUGUAAACUGUAAUCAAGAGCAGUCUGUGCCUGUCAAAACCUUUCUAAAACCCCCUGAGCCCAACUUGGGACCUGCAAAAGCCGUCCUGCCUGGAAGUCUACUGUGGUCUCAACCUCCCGACAACGCUGAGCGUUUUAAAGCUGGGCAGAGAGCACACUGGGGUCAUGGACACAUCCCCAUGGACCACAGAUUAGAACAGCAUAUCCCACCUCACUAUCAUUAUCCUCUGAAGGACCAGCCACUCUCUGUGUUCACUGACUUUCUGGCCUUGGAAAAGCAGAGACCGCCCCUAGACAAAUCUCUUUUUCUGCAUGGCUCAGAGAAGGUGAUGCGGAGCAGUCUCACCAGUCAGAGCAGCGGCAGAGGGAGUGUCUCCUUUCUCAGGCCCCCCUCAUUGGCUCAGUCUGUGGGGGGCAGCUACCUCAAUUCACCGUUGGGUGAAACAUCUAGCUGGUACAGCGGAGGGGGGUCCCAGGGCUCCAGUGCGGAGGAUUAUCGGCACAGAAAGGACUCCUUGUUGGCCACUAUAAGCAAUAGGACAGGAAAUGAAGAGAUUAUGAUGUUAGAUGAAUCAGUACCAGUGGGUGAAUUCUACCAGAAUACAUCCGUGGACGAGAAUUACGAAUGGGACACGGAGUUCACCCUGGAAGCGGAUCUCAUGGAUGCCCUUCAGGUCUACCGCGGCGGUACCGGCGGCCGGCCCAUCUCCACCGUUGCUCCGGGCGAAGUGGAAAGACAAAGUUUAAAGCUUCCUUUGGAGGCAGAUCCAUGCCCGGCUGGCUCGGGAUCACUGGACGACCUGGAUAACCGUUUCCCGCAGGCUUUGUCCAGCCCGGAAGAGCGCUGCGCAGCACUGAAGGAGGAGUUUUUGGAGUACCAGAGACGCAGACGAGCGGCGCAAAAACUGAACCGAAAGAGUAAAGACUUUGAAGAAUGUUACGAACAAGCCACACUACUCUGACCCCCCCCCCCCCCCAUUGCUGUUCCUUGAACUCCGUUAUCUGCAACAAGACCACAAGGGACACUGUAACCUCGGGCAUUAAAAAAAAAAAGUGUGUUUUACCCACAAUUCUUUCGAAAGCACCACGUUUACCAGUACCUGCUCGUUCUACAUCAGGGGUUAUUAUUUUAACCAAACGACUCUUAAAACCCUCAUCCCACGAGCCACUCCAAUACGACCAACCACGGUACUGAUCGGCAGAAGGCUUUCAAAAAUAUCAGAAUACUGGUGAAUUCUUCAAUCUUCUCUCUCUUUUUUUUUUUCAAAGAGAAAUGAAAGCUCUUAUUUGUCAUUUGUAAUAAGCCGCCACGAAUUGGAAGAUUAGGACAACUCUUUUGUUGAGUUGAAGUAUUAAUCCCAUACCCAUCAAUUGACCAAACCCAUCAUUUUUUGGGUGAUUUUGUUAAAACAUCAAAAAAAAGGUGAUGAGAUAAUGCAAAGUAUGAAACCUGUAAAUGCUUUAAGAUAUAGAAUCUAUAGAAAGAGCUGGCUAAUAUAAAAGUUAUGGUUGGACUAAAACGGGGAUAUGCAAUUAGCGGACCUCCAGAUGUUGCAGAACUACAAAUCCCAUGAGGCAUAGCAAGACUCUGAC